AUGAGUCAAGAAAACCGUGAGCAGCCCAUGGAAGAAGGUCAAGAGGAGAUACCGGUGGAACCAGUUCAAGAUGAAGUUCAAGUUCAAGAGAUCAACGUCAAAAUUAACCCACCGCAACCUCAACAACAAGAAGAGCCUCGCCACCCUCCCAUAGAGGAGCUGCAGCCCUUUGACGAACCACGCGGACCAUCGCAGACCGAGGAACUAUCCAUGGUGCACAGGAAAAUCAAUAGAGUUCUCGGAAGGACAGAUGAACUGUCGAUAACCGCGAACCGCGUUAACAGCACUUUCAAGUCGGCACGACCGAAGAAUAGGCCUAAAAGCGGACAUUCUCCGAAGGGAUCCCUGAAAAGUCGACGAGCUGCUCGACGUGGAGAGGUAGUGCCUCACUUGUAA